AUGGCUUCCGUCACAUGUCUGGCUCUUCAGCCAUCUCUGGCUAUUUCUAAGUGCGAGCCUGUUGUUACAGAGCUCAAGGGAUGCGACUCACCUAUAUACCCAUUUGAGAUGGCCAAGGUGAAAAGGAUCGAUCCACCGGGAGAUGUGCCCAAGAAUUCCGCUCGUCGAGAGUCGCAAACGUCGACAUCUACAAUAAGUUCAAGCCACCCUCGCUCGGCUUCCCGCAGUACAGUGCGAUCGCGGCCCAACAGCCGUCGCAGUUCCUUCCACUCAUCGCGCCGGGCUGUGCCCAACGCCGCCAUUGUGCCUGUCACAUCACCUCGCACUUCUACCCAGGACAAGCGCGAGUCACUACUCGCACUACACCGGGAGUCAUGCCGUCUGUUUCAAGGUGAUGGGUCGAACAGAUCUUCAACCGAGAUAAGAGCUUCGCUCCACCGGACAGCGUCAACUACAUAUAGAUCUCAGCGCGAGGGUCGCACAUCAACAGAGAAAGGCAGCUCGGCACCCUCGUCCCCUAUCGCACCUUCAUAUUCCAGCUUUCGCUUUGAGUCCGAGUCUACUUCACCCACCUCAAUGAGUGCACCACCCUUUGUCACAGCAAGAGAUCGAUCAAACACCUUGCCCAGCAGCAACCACCACCACAGCCCCUCUUCUUCGUCCAUUCACGUCCCGGCGACAGUAAUGGAAUGGACCUCACCUGAUACCCGGCGGCGCGAGUACGAGAAGAUCGACCGUGCAAGCAGCGGUGUCCGCGGACUCUGGCGCCGCGUUGCGCCGCGCUGUUUCCAGACUCGCGACUCUCGCACCCCGUUCUUUGAAGAAGGCAAGUCCGAGCGUGAAGGCAGCGUGCGUCGGUUCCGCAUGGAUCUCCCUGAAGAUGAAGAGCCAGAUUCUCCUCGAGGAAAGCAGCAGGUCCAGCUUUUAGAUCUCCUGGGCAAGACCUCAACUUCCAACUCGAAUUCGAAUCCCCCUGAGGGCACUCGAAAACGUUGGGCGUGUCUCCGUUCGAAGUCCUCUCUCCCUCAUGCCUAA